AUGUCUACUCAACCUCCUCCCCCAUUUCGACCAAGGCAAUGCUUACCUUUGAGUCCUAAGAUUAUGCAAGAGCUCAUGGGCGAUGUUACUCUACAGAUCGCACGUCAGAUCGUAAACUCAACCCCACUGAAUACCGGUGCCAUCAUUCUUGACAACGGCUGUGGCAAUGGCGUCGUCACGCAGGCAAUCACUGAAACGAAAGAAGCGGGGGAUAUCACAAUCCACGCAACAGAUGUUGUGCCCCCACUGGUACAAGCAACAGCCGCACUUGCAGCUUCAAAGGGUUGGGCAGAUUCCGUCAAAGCAGAAGUUAUGCCAGCAGAAGCUUUGUCCUUUGGAGACAAUUACUUCACGGACAGCUUCAACAACUUUCUGAUCUUCCUCGUCAAAGAUCCUGAGAAAGUCGCUAGUCAUAUCUACCGCACUCUCAAACCUGGAGGAACUGCGAUCGUCACGACGUGGGCGAGCGUCGCUCACCAUAAUCCAAUUCUGAAAGCAAACAAUGCAACGAGAGGCGAGGAUGCUUUUCACGCCUACAAGGAAGGUGCGAAAUGGCAGAGUGCUGAUCAUCUCAAGUCUGUUCUUGAGGGUGCUGGGUUUAAGGAUAUUAAAAUGUCGCAAAGUGAUGCUGUGCUACAGAUUCCGGAUCUGAAGCGUUGGUCGGAGGUGGCUUGGAGUUUUCUAGGGGCACCGAAGGGACCUGCGGGUGGAUGGGUUGAAAGUGAUGAGGAGAGGUUUGAUGAAGCUGUCGCUGUUGUGAAAAGGGCAAUGGAAGAUGAAGAGACUAUUACUGUGGAUGGGAAGGGUGGAGCUGCGGCUAGGAUGAUUGCUCAUAUUGCGGUGGCUAAGAAGUGA